CCCCAGAAUAUCUGACUGACUGCAGACAGAGAAAAGCACGAACGGCUGAGCAGCAGGCAGGAGCGUCUCUCCCUGCAAAAACUUCCAAGCUUUUUGUGAGGAGAGCCAAAGCCAACUGUUUAGCCUGUUUCAGUUCUGAGAGGGCACAUCAUGGCAGCGGUGGGAUCCAGGGCAGGACUGGAUGAGGUACAGACGAGCACAGAGGGGCAGGACAGAUUGAUCUGCAUGCAGAGCUGUUGUCAAGGAGAAGGAGCGAAUGUACAGAAGAUGAAUACAUGCCCAGAGAGAGAGUGGUCUGCCGAUGCCAACUCACAACAAACAAAGCUUCUUUCCUUCCCACGGUCUUCCGGUGUGGACUUACCUUACAGGAGUCCUGGGUCAGUGGAGAUGGAUGAGAUCAUGGCUGCAAUGGUGCUUACCAGUCUGUCCUGCAGUCCAGUUGUCCAAAGCCCACCACAGAGGGACCUCCUCCCAGGGGACAUGGAGUGUGGUGGAGGUGAGCUGUCCGACAGUGGCAGUAGCGGUUACUGGAGCUGGGACCAUGGCAAUGUAAGUCCAGCCCCCUCUCCAUCUGUCACUGAGAUGGACAGAAGCCUUGGCCAACUGAAAGAUGAGGGAUUGCACAUGGAAAUGGACCAAGCUGCAUGUGAUGAGCCGGAUGUCACAAGAUGCAAAAGCUUGAGCAGGGGAGCAUACAGGUGUCUGUGGCCUGGCUGUGGGAAAGUGCUGACAUCACGAGUUGGAAUGAAACGCCACAUUCGCAUUCUUCACCUGGGUGGGGGCUCAGAGCUCAGAGAAGAAGACUUCUAUUAUACAGAAGUUUCCUCAGAAGAUGAGGACACUUCUUCUCCUGCUCCCUCCUUCUCUAGCGGGGUCUGGACAUCCUUUGGGUCCACACUAAGCCAAUCCACCUUAGUCCAGUCAAGCACUCUCAGCCAGUCGGCUCCAAGCAGUGUGUGGCAGAUUCACACUGAACAUCUCUAUCAGGCCUGCACGCCCAUUCAGGUCACAGUCUCUCCAGGCUCACCCACCUUUUGUAGCUGGACCAUGCCUGGUGAUGUCCAGCAGAAACCUCAGAGUCCAUCAUCUCGCAGCCGGUCAGUGAGUGUUGGAGAGCAGUGGCUACAGCGUAACAGCGCCCCCACAAGAUCACAGACCAUGAGUGCAUCUCCCUCCAGAGGGCACUGUUCAUUCAGGAAGGGCCGAGGUGAGGCCAAAAAGUGCCGAAAAGUGUAUGGCGUGGAACGCAGGGACCAGUGGUGCACUGCCUGUCGCUGGAAGAAAGCCUGCCAGCGAUUUCCAGACUAAAACAAAGACUAAAGGAAACAAGGAAGAAUCUUAAUUUUCCUUCUAUACUCCAACUAUUUCUGCACUGUAAAGGACCCCUCUUUUCACUUUUGUACCAGAGUCAAGUGUUUUGUUAUGUUUUCCCACAGAUUAAGUGCCGGUAAUAGCUGUCAAGAAUAUGUGGAGUAGUAGGAUCCCAACCCCUCCAAAGUGAAUUCUGCCUUUUCACAAGAAUAAAGUGUAACCCUGAAUCUGGAAAAAGGUGUUUAUCUGCCCCAGUCCUGCAUUUCAUCCACAACUGAGAUAUUGAAGUGAUUUGUUGAUUUUUGUUUUGUUUUUUGUAUACUGUGCACAAUGUAUUUUGAUGAUUUUCAUGAUGUUUUUCUAUUUCUGUUUUUGUUUUGUUUUUUAGCCUGGAAGCUCUAAAAGUGUAAUGUCAUGUAUUGUUUUGUUUUUUCUACAUAUUUACUCAGAAUUUUUUCUCAACUUUGUUUUGCAAGGUUUGUAUAAGGUUGUUUGCCAUAGCGCUUCCUAAUCAAUCUAAACUGCCAGAUAUAAAGCUAAAGUGGUGUUGAGUGAACGAUGUGACUGAUGUAAGCCAUUUUAGUGGCUAGAGUGUAUUGAUGGAGAUAAAAGUGCAGCUAUAAACUUUUGAUUGAAUACCAAAGUGCUAUUGCGAAGCUAAGUUCAAGGGAGUUUGACUGAACACUGCCCUGAGAACAGUUGAGGCUUGCUCCUUUUGUAAUUUUCUUGUCAUCCUUCCAAACAGUGUUAAAGUCUUACUUGUACAAUACUGGAUGAUACCAUAGGGAACAUCUAAAGGAUUUGAAAGUGUAACACUAUAUGGAAAAAAGAGAGAUAUUGUUAUGUAUGAUUAAAAAGACACAAGAUAAAAUAUGUAAAUUUCAAAAGCUUGUCAUUUGUGCAUGACAAAUAACAACAAUCGUAAAAUUGUUUUAUUGGCCUUUUGUGUGCAGUGCAUGUACAAGUGGAAAGGAUUCAAAGAAAAGCUCACUAUUCAAAAAUUAUGCAGAAUGUGUUUGAAAUAAAAAAUAGUUCACAAGGCCAAAAUGUUAACAGAUAAAAUCUUACAUGUAACUACAGAAUACUGUAAAAGU